CCGAGCUCCAGCCAUUGACCAUCGACGCCAUGGCUUCGAAGCCCCCGAACCAACUCCGAGCUCUCUUCGCAUCCACCACCCGUCACCGGCUUCUCUCUCCUCGAUUCCCGAACCCUAACGAAGCUUUCCGAGACUAAACACAAUUACUCAUAACUCUCUCUCUCUCUCUCUCUCUCUCUCUCUACAGUUCCAAUUGGGAGCAACAAUGGCGGGCGGAAAGGCGAGGAAAGAGAAACCGAAGCCGAACGCAGUAGCGCACGCUCCGUACCAAGGAGGCAUAUCCUUCCACAAGUUGAAGGGACAGCACAUUCUCAAGAACCCUCUGCUCGUCGACUCCAUCGUCCAGAAAGCCGGCAUCAAGACUACCGACACCAUCCUCGAGAUCGGUCCUAGUACCGGAAACCUUAUGAAGAAGCUUCUAGAAGCCAGCAAGGCGGUCAUCGCCGUCGAGGUCGACCCUCGUAUGGUCCUCGAGUUGCAGCGGCGCUUCCAGGGCACUCCUCUCUCCAAUCGGUUGAAGCCUUCUUGGUUAAAUGAGACUGGUGGCCCAACCUGGGGACAAGCUCUACUGCCGUCUUACUGUGAAAACCCAACUGCUUGCCCGAGUCUCGCACCUCCUUAAAGUCGGAAAGAAUAACUUCCGCCCUCCCCCGAAAGUGGAUUCCUCUGUGGUUCGAAUUGAGCCAAGGAAACCCCGGAUUGAAGUGAAGCAAAAAGAGUGGGAUGGAUUUCUCCGGAUAUGCUUCAACCGUAAGAACAAGACUCUUGGUUUAAUCUUUAGGCAGAAGAUUACUUUACUGGAGAAGAACUACAAGACUGUACAGGCACUGAAGCUCUCAGGACAAGGUUUGAUGGAGGAUAAUGAUAAUAAGAUGGACUUUUCAAGACUCAGGGACAACAAUGAAGACCUAAAUAUGGAUGUGGAUGAUGAUGAUGAUGGAGAUGAAGAAAUGAUAAUAAGAUGUGGAUAUGGAUGGACUUUUAGCUCUAGCAUCUGGUGAUGUAGAAGGGGAGCCAUCCGAAUUCAAAAACAAGGUUUUGGCCGUGUUGAAGAGAAGAGAUCGUCCAAGCUCACCCUACAGGAAUUAUUGUAUCUGCUUUCUUUGUUCAACAAGGCUGGCAUACACUUCUCCUGAUUUUGCAUCAUGCACCCAAUUUAGUUCGCUAAGUUAGCGGUUUUUGUUGUCUCUUUCUUCUCUAUUUAUUUGUUUCAACAAUAUUGUAAAAGUUAUUAUUAUAGAAUGCAUUUGCAAUAGUAAGCCAUAAUGAGUUUCCCAAUACCAAAUGCUAAUUUGUUGUGAAUUUCAAAGGGGAUAAUCGAUUUUUUGCUCCCUAAUAAGGCUUAGUUUGGUAGGGAUUUUGGG